AUGUAUGUAUGCAACGUUGGUAACAUCCCUACGUUUGAAACGGUCACCCACGGGCGAGAUCGCUCUUCAAUAAUCGAUCUCACAUUUGCUUCCGGCUCCAUCAUUGAUAACAUCUUGGAGUGGCGUGUCAACUUGAACAUUUCACCAAUUUCCCAGCAUAAUGCAAUAGACUAUUGCAUCGACUUUGACACAUCUAACACCACACACACAUAUCAAAACUCCACUUUCCUGUACAAAUCUAAUAAAGCUUGUUGGCCUAUCUUUAAGGACAAACUGCACACACACAUGACACUCACAAACAUACUCGAACAUGACAUUUCUACCCUGAACGUUGAUGAUCUGGAACAUAUCAUCAACGAACUAACCAAUGUGAUCCACUCUGCAUGUCGAGCCAGCAUGCAUGUUAAAAGCCGGGGAACAAAGCCCAAGGCUCCUUGGUGGACGAAGGAGUUGGAGAUCCUCAAGCGGGAGGUGGUGGAUUUACACCAUCAGCUCCACGUGCCAAGCACAGGUAUGCCUCUGGAACAUAUUUUAGAAACGAGGAAACAAAAAAAGGAACUAUACGCCAACAAGAUGCGUGAGGAGUCGACUAGGCAUUUUCGUGAGUUUUGCGAAUUGCAAACUAAGGAAAAUGUCUGGUCACUCACGAACAGACUUCUCAAAAAUGCCACCCUUAGGCGCCCACCAGUCACUCUUAAUAGGGGCUCCACCUACACCACAGACAGCCAGGAGACUGCCAAAGCACUUCUUGACCACUUCUACCCAGAUGACUUACCAGACACCUUAACGCGACAUCACGAGCUCAGAUCAGAAAUGACCGACCUUCCUCAGUCCCACGAUGAUCCUCCCUUCACCCAGGAGGAGGUGUUAGAGUGCUUAAAACAAAUGAGCCCCAAGAAGGCUCCCGGACUUGAUAACUUCACAUCCGACAUAUGUCAGCAAUUUGCAACAGAUUACCCUAGACUCCUGACAGAUAUACUGAACCGUUGUCUUACACUCCAACACUUCCCUGAUGAUAUUAAAGCAGCCUUCGACAACGCUUGGUGGCCUGCACUCUUCCACCGGUUGCGGCAUAUUCAAUGCCCUAAUAACAUCUUUGGACUCAUCCAGGAUUAUGUCCGCGAUCGGAAGGUCAUCCUUGACCAUGCGGGGAGGCGAGUCACCAAGACGAUGUCUAAGGGCUGCAUACAAGGUUCCACGUGUGGGCCUGUUCUCUGGAAUAUCAUACUAGACGAGCUGCUCGAUGCGAGGCUUCCAGCGGGCUGUCACAUACAGGCUUUUGCGGAUGAUGUCUUGCUGGUUGUCACGGCCGCGAGUGUCGGCGAGCUGGAGAGUGCUGCCAACUUAGCUCUCCACCAUAUAGUCGAGUGGGGAAGGAGCGUCAAGCUGACCUUCGGUCCCACUAAAACUAAGCUCAUUGCCUUCACUCCCAAGGCUAAGGUAGCCAGCAUUAACAUGGACGGACACCGUCUUUCCUUUGUGCCAGAGGUUAAACUGUUGGGAGUCAUCUUAGACAAAAAACUAAACUUUGGGAAACACGUGAAACAGGUUAUCAACAAGGCUGUGCGAAUCUUCAACACACUUUGUAUGUACUCGAGACCCACAUGGGGAGCCCAUCCUGAGAACAUCAGUACCAUUUACCACCAAGUGAUCGUGCCAACUAUCACCUACGCUGCUGGAAUUUGGGGACACGUUGCCCAGAAAAGGUGCAUCAGGAGGGCACUCGGGAGCAUGCAGCGCGGAUUUGCCAUUAAGGCUAUUAGGGGAUUCCGCACGGUAUCUUCAUCCGCGGCCCUGGCGUUAGCCCAGUGCGGACCUGAAAGUGCGGGAAGUUUGCGCUGUGGAAAGAGCUCGGCUUCUGGGUACCUCUGA